CCCCCCCCCCCCCCUCUGCCUCCCUCUGUCCAUCACCCCAGACCCCCCACAAAAAUGUGAACGGCUCUUCUGGUUCAGACUCGCACGUUGUGGAGAAACUCAGCGGGCACCCUGAGGUCCAACGUCGGCGCCACACGAUGGAUAGAGACUCCAAAACAGCCGAGCACCGUUUCUUCCGCCGGAGUGUCAUUUGUGACUCCAAUGCCACAGCUUUGGAUCUGCCCAGCAAAGCAGCCGUGAUACUCACCUCUCCUCCAGACUGUGAAGGGCCGCCCACCUUCUUUUCUCUACAGCCCUGUGGUCCUGGACCUGGGGUACGGGAUGCUGAAGGUGGGGAGGUCCCAAGAGGUCCGUAUGUGCAGAGCUCGACCCUUCAGCCUGGUCUUGGGCUUGGUGGGGCAGUCGCUGAGGGGCAUGCACAAACUCCUGAGGACAAUUUAGAUGUGGGCAGUAUUACGAUUGCUGUUCCUACCAGUAGCAGCGUUCAACAUAGUGCAGAUGGGGAAGUAAAAGAGCCCAGCCCGACAGUAUUGGAUGUUUCCGACAAAACAGCAGGCCAACAGCCUGAAGUUAUAUUGCGUCCCAGAGGGUCAGAGAACAUAGAACAGGUGGCAAAAGAUGGAAAAGCGAUAGAACGCGUGGACGAGGGUAGCGUUAGUAGUCCGAUUGAGGAGAAAGAGAGGGAGACGGAGGAGGAGAGGGGGCUAGCCAAAGCGCGGGCAGAGCAGAGGGAGGCUGAAAAACGAGUACAAGAGGAUAUAGAGGAGGUGGAGACAAAAGCUGUGGGAACAUCGCCAGAUGGACGCUUCCUCAAAUUUGACAUUGAGAUUGGAAGAGGGUCCUUUAAGACUGUGUACAAGGGACUGGAUACAGAGACUACUGUGGAAGUGGCGUGGUGUGAGCUCCAGGAUCGCAAGCUGUCCAAGUCAGAACGUCAGCGCUUCAAAGAGGAGGCCGGCAUGUUGAAGGGUCUCCAGCAUCCUAACAUUGUCCGCUUCUAUGACUCCUGGGAGGGACCAUGCAAAGGAAAGAAAUGUAUUGUUCUCGUCACUGAGCUCAUGACAUCUGGAACGCUUAAAACCUACCUGAAGCGUUUCAAGGUGAUGAAAAUCAAGGUUCUGCGGUCAUGGUGCAGACAGAUCCUCAAAGGCCUUCACUUCCUGCACACCAGAGCCCCGCCCAUCAUUCACAGGGACUUGAAAUGUGACAACAUCUUCAUCACGGGGCCCACAGGCUCGGUGAAGAUAGGGGACCUGGGUUUGGCUACAUUAAAGAGGGCCUCCUUUGCUAAGAGUGUCAUAGGAACCCCGGAGUUCAUGGCUCCAGAGAUGUAUGAGGAGAAGUACGAUGAAUCUGUAGACGUCUACGCCUUCGGGAUGUGCAUGCUGGAGAUGGCUACCUCAGAGUACCCCUACUCUGAAUGUCAAAACGCUGCCCAGAUCUACCGGCGGGUCACUAGUGGAGUGAAGCCUGGCAGUUUUGACAAGGUAGCCAUUCCUGAGGUGAAGGAAAUUAUAGAGGGCUGCAUCCGAACCAACAAGGAUGAGAGGUAUGCUAUAAAGAUCCUGUUGAACCAUGCGUUCUUCCAGGAAGACACGGGGGUCAGGGUUGAACUGGCAGAGGAGGAUGAUGGGGAAAUGAUUGCCAUCAAACUCUGGCUGAGGAUAGAAGACGUCAAGAAGCUCAAAGGCAAAUACAAAGACAACGAAGCCAUCGAGUUCUCCUUUGACCUGAACAAGGACGUCCCUGAAGAUGUGGCCCAGGAAAUGGUUGAGUCUGGCUACGUUGCUGAGGGUGACCAUAAGACCAUGGCCAAGGCUAUCAAGGACCGCGUGUCUCUGAUCCUGAGGAAGAGAGAGCAGAGGCAGCUGGUACGAGAGGAACAGGAGAAGAGAAAACUGGAGACUGAACAACAGCUGCUGCAGCAGCAACAGCAACAGCAACAGCAACAACAACAGCAACAACAACAUCAAGAGGCACUCAAAACAUCACACACACAGGCAGAGGUAGAGGAGUCAGAGGUGGAGCAACAGCAGCUUCACUAUCAGCAGACUGGCAUCUCACACACAUCUGAAGGAGGUCUGGACAGCGGCCAGGGUUCCUCAGUAUUCUCCUCAGACUCCCCCCACCUGGGUCAGCUGACCAUGUCGUACAGCUGCCCCCCCUCCAGCCAAACCCCUUCCCAGCCCCAAACCCCCUACCCUUCCACCCCCUCUGCUACCCCGCAGCAGCAGCAGCACCCGGGCUACGCCCAGCCGCCGCAACAAAUGCAAGUUCAGGCUCCCACCUCCCAGCCCUCUCCAGGACCCCCUCUGGUCCCUGCCACCACCCAACCUGCUCCUCCUGGGACCCCCCAACAGGUUGUUUCAGGCAAUCAGAGUAUUACGUCAGUUCAGAGCCCCACACACACAUCUCUGCCGCAGGCAUCUGCACAGCCCAGUGUAACUCCAUCUACUGUUUCCUUGGUGACCCUGCCCUCUCCGUCGCCGUCCCUCCCCGUUACCGUGCCAACCACGGUCAAGGCUUCCCCUCCCACUCCUCUGCCACUCCCUGUUGGGGUGAUGCCUACUAUUGUUUCCCCUCCUUCUCCUCCUCCUCCUCCUCCUCCUCCUGUGCCCACACCUGUGCCUCAGCCAUUGGCUACCGUGGUGCCAAUCAUCAGUGUAGUCACCGCCCCGCCUGAUACUCCCAUGGAAGCCCCUCCCCAGUCUGCUUCUCAGUCUUCAGAGCUGUCCCAGUCCCAACUACAGCCACCUCAAGUUCUCUCAUCUAUAGAAAGUGGCCACUCUGAGACUUCAGGUCUGAGCGAUGGCAACGAGGGAGGUGGAGGUCGCCAUGAAGGUCGCUCCACCAAGCGACAUCAGAGACGUUCUGUGCGAAGUCGAUCACGCCACGAGAAGCUCUCCAAGGCGAAACUCAAUGUUCUAAAUAUCUCCAAUCGAGGAGACAGGGUAGCAGAAUGUCAGCUGGAGACCCACAACAGGAAGAUGGUGACGUUCAGGUUUGACCUGGAUGGAGACAACCCCGAGGAGAUUGCCCAGAUCAUGGUCCAGAGUGAGUUCAUCCUGGAGAGUGAGAGGGAGUCGUUCAUUGAGCAGGUCAGAGAGGUGAUAGAGAACGCUGAUGAGAAGGGUCUGGAGAGAGACACAAACAGCCAGAUGGCAGGUGAUAAGGAGCAACAGAUUCCUGCUAUAUCUGUCCCCAUGCCAGACAUCCCUCCUAGUGCAACAGCACAAGUGGUCCAUUCAGCAGGUCGGAGGUUCAUUGUCAGCCCCGUACCUGAAGCCAGGCUGAAGGAACAAAUGUUUCCUACCUCUCCUUCUCCUGCCCCUGCACCUCCUAUUGAAACUGUUCCUCCGGCUUCAGCUCAAGCUCCAUCUCAGACUCCAGGCCAAGGUAUGGUGUUGUCCCAGUCUGCCGGAGCAAUCAGCUUACAACAAGCUUUCUCUGAGCUCCGACAGAACCAGAAUCAGUUUGAUGCAGGACCAAGCACAGCCCCAGCUUCUAUCCACUCCACCCAUCCUCCUCUGCAUCCUGUAGUAGCUUCUGUCCCCUCACAGGCUAGCACAGUCACUCCUACUGUGGAUCCUACUGCUGGACUUGUCUCUUCUAAUUUAAACCAGGCACAGGAUCAGGUCUUGGAGUCCUCUCUUCCCCCUUCUUCUGCCUCCUCCACCCCUUCCUCAAUGCCUGCUGUUUGUCUCAGCCCUCCUUGUUCCUCCUCCCCUCCUCCUACUGUGGUGAAUCAGUCCAUCCUUCAGUCACAGCCGGGGAUACAGGCUGUGUCCCAACCCCAGGGCCAAGCACAAAUUCAGCCCCAGGCUUUCACACAGCCACAGUCUCAAACUGUUUCUGCUGUUAUUGCUACUUCAGUACCUUCAACUUUACCACCGGCCAGCAUCCCCCCAGCAAUGCUCACCUCCCCUCCUCCCGCCCAGACUGCUCCCCUUGUAUCCUCCCCUCCCUCCUCCACUCUUACAGCAAGUGAAGUCUCCUCCGAUCGUCCGUCGGCCUCUCCCACCUCCUCCUCCACUACUUCCCUUUCAUCCUCUGUAAUCCCCACUACUGCCAUCCCAGGCCCCCAGCUUGCUCUUGCUGCCACUUCCCAUCCCACUUCCCACCCCGCUCCCCCUCCCUCCUCCUCCCCUUCCUCUGCUGUGGGGCUCCAGCCAGUGACCACCAAUGUUCCUUUGGUCCAACCAACCUUGGUCCACUCGCAGCCGCAGACAGCAGCCCUGCCCGGGCAGCCGCACACACACUGUGGGGAAUGCGAUGCAAGGUGUGAGGAGUCCCAAGGCAAACCGGAUGACAUCCAAGCCCUGGAGAAGAAGCUGCGGUCACUCUUCAUGGAUCUCGGUGGAGGGAUGACUUCCACACAGGGAGACAUCUUAGUUGCUGACCCUGCCUCUGGAGCCACCGUGCCAGGUACCUCUUCCCCAAUGGGCCCCUGCUCUACCUCUAGCACAUCUGUCACCACACCUGGCUCCAGCCAGCCGGCCAUUCCCCCUCAGCCCCCCUCCAGCCUUGCACUGGGGUCACCUGCUCCAAUCCAGGGUCCUGGAACGCCUAUCUCCACCCCUGCACAGAUUGUGUCUUCAGUCGUCCCUGCUUCAUCCUUUGGCCAGACCACUCCAUCCAAAACUCCCUUAUCCAGGGUACCGGCCAGUUCUCCUCCUUCAGAACUCCUGCCAUCUUUCCCUGGACCUUGUCUAAUACAGUCCCAGCAGCCUCUAGAGGACCUGGAUGCUCAGUUGAGGAGAGCGCUGAGCCCAGAGACUGUUCCUGUCAGCACACACACACAGGGCUCUCACAGCGGAUUACCUUCAGUGGGACAAAUUCCCUUCUCUCUGGAGGAAGACACUGUGUCCCCCUCUGUUCCUGGAAUUAAACUGGGAAGAUUUCAGGUCUCGUUGGCUACUGAGGAGCCUCCUGUCAAACGCCCGGCCUGCACUGAAUCUUCCUCCACCACCUCCUCCUCCUCAUCUUCUUCGUCCUCGUCGUCCUCCAGUCUCUCCAGCCCGGAGAAUACGCUGCACAAGGACGCCUUGUCUCCUCUGAAAGGGGGAGGAGGAGAUGUUGUAGACGGACUCCCACAAAGGACCCCCUUCACUUUACCCUGCCCCUCUCCUAAGCCCACCACUACCAUCGGACGCUUCCAGGUUACCACCAACCCGGAGGCCCGUGUGGGUAGAUUCUGUGUGAGUCGUGCCCAGGAGCAGAGCCUUGAGUCCAGGCAGACCCCUCCGCCCGCUGCACAGGCUGCUAACGGACCCAGUGAUCCUGGGCAGAUUUUGAGUCCGGAUUCCACUCAUAAAGCCUCGCUGCCGAGUCUAAACAACAACUCCUUCAAUAACUCCUACAUCAGCAGUGACAACGACUCAGAAUUUGAGGAUGAAGACUUCAAACGGGAAGUCAGCCGCCUUAGAGAAAAGCACAUGCGUGAGAUUCAGGCCCUCCAUUCCCGCCAGAAGGAGGAAAUAGACUGUCUCUUUACCAAGCUGGGAAAGGUUCCUCCAGCCACAGUGCUCCCUCCAGUUAUAGCCUUGACUGGCAGGAGGAGACGACCUACCAAAAGCAAAUCCUCCAAAUCGUCCAGAACCAGCUCUACGCAUGGCAGCAAGAGUCCGUUACAGCCAGGCAGCACUUUAUCCGCCCAGAGCGUCCCCACCAUGUACCCCGGCCAACUGGCUCUGUUAGCCCCAGGAGGAUUAGCCGAUUCGGGCGCCAGUACUCUCCAGCCACUCAAACCUUCUCCCUCCAGUAACAACCUGUGUUCGACCUACACCAGCGAGGGGGCGCUCUCUGUUCCCAGCUUGUGUGCUCCCACCCCAGGCUGUGUAAAGUUCAGCUGGGGUUCGGAGCGUUUGGCCUUCAAGCCUGGCGGCAGGAGGACGCGCUUUCUGAGUACGCCCUGCUUGGCUCUUUGGAAGAUGGUGAAAAAAGUCUGCCCCUGCAACCAGCUCUGUAGGACUAAUAGCACCAAUGCAGUGAGCGGUUCAGGUGGUUUGGGUCAGAGCCAGGGGGGUUCUCAGUGUCUGCCCCCCAGCAUGUCAGCACCCCACCAGAGGAAAGGAACCUUCACCGAUGACCUCCAUAAACUAGUGGACAACUGGGCCAGAGAUGCUAUGAACCUCUCACAGGGGAAGAGGAGUGCCAAACAGCUGCAGCAGGCCCCAGCACAGGGACACAGCUACGAGGUUAUCCAGUCAGCCAGUCUGGGCAGGAAGUACUCUGCUCCCAGCCAGCUGUGUACCAGCAGCAUUGGAGGUUCAGCCCACCUCCCUACAAACCCCAGCACCACUACCUCUCUGGCCGCUCGCAAGGGCUCCCUGUGCCACUCCCCUGCCUCCUCCACUCCGCCUCAACCCCAACCUCCCCAGUUCAUCCACUACACCCCCACCGCUGCCUACAGUGCACAAUGGUCUGGUCCUGCUCACGGCCUGUCAACCCCACACCAGGCCCCUGCACAGCCUGGGCCUCUACUUGUCAGCACCUCCCAGCCCCUGGGCCCCUAUCCCGCCACGGUUGGUGGACAGGGCCAGAUUCCCGGGCAGGGGCCGCUCCAGGCUUUCCAUCUGACCAACGCUCUGCAGAAGUCAGUCAGCAACCCAGGAGGACCCAACCUGAGGACCACGUAGGGCUGGGGGUGAGGGCUGGUUUGAAUCACGGCCCGACUGGACUGGAUUGGUGUGGAACAGAGUGUGAUGCGCUUGAUCGGUCGGAGAGGAUGGAAGAACUUGAGAGGAAUGUGGAGAGCAGGGAGUUUGAAAAUGAGUAUGAGAGCUUACCUGUUAAAGAGGAGAAAGGAAAAAAGGAAAUGAGGAGGAAAGAAGAAAUCAGGAAUGCGAUGUGGCCAUGUCCACAAUUGGUGUGAUGAAUCUGCAGUUGUCACAGACCCAAAUGCAGUCACACAAUCUCCCUUUCUGCUGUGUUUGACUGUGUUUGACUUGUGACAGCCAGCCAAAUGCUCAAGGAUAAAGGAAAAGACUCAUGAGUGCAAUGUUAAAAGGCCAAAGAGGUUUUGACAGGGUGCAGCAUUGGAGUUAAUUACUGUUUGUGUGUAAGGUAUCGUGUAUAGGCACUUAUGGCUCGGUCACACUUGUUCCAUUUCAUGCUCUAAAUUAAGUGAACAAGUCUUUUGCAUCCCUCAAAUGAAUUUGUACAAGGAAGGCUGCAAAUAGCAGCACAUAAAAUUUUGAGAGCAGAAUGGAGAGAUGUUUAGAGCGGCAUCUGAGUUUUUUUUCUUAAGUUCAGGAAGUGUUUUUUCGUCAGUAUUCAGAAUUUGGAAAUUUUUCUUAACCAUGCAAAGCACAAAAAAAUCAAGAACAAAGAGCUGACCUCGAGCCUGGUUUAGAGUAUGUGUAGUCUAGCACAUGGUGUGGUUUUGACUUGUGAUUGCUACUCCUCCGUUAGCUCCUUUGUCUUGUCUCCCUUGUUUGUUUGUCCGUCAUUCAAACAGGUGGAGAGAGAUGGAGGAGAGAAAGUUGACGAAGAGGAAGAGCAGCAGGCAGGUGUUUGUGUUAAAUAACAGUCAAACACCUCAUCUGUUUCAUGUUCCACUGCUUACUUUACGAACAUACCGGCUGUGUGCGCCAUUGCUAAAGUACUGAUUGGACAUGACAGAUGCUUCUGCACACCGAACGCCUCUUCACAUCACGACACCACCUCUUCCUCCAUCCCUCUCUCCGACUCUCUGUUGCCAUUUGAAGCAAUAACAGCAGAAACCUUUUAGAGAAAAAAAAGCCCAAACAUGAGAGAACUCAGUGUGAAAAAGUGGCCUUGUUAUCAGAAUAAUAUAGAGUCCCUGUACAGUUUGUGUCUGUUUAUUUUUUAGAAUGUCAGCUAUGAUGAUUCCAUUUUGUUGUUUUAUUUUGUUUUGUUGGGUUUGUUUUGCUUGCUGCCCCCAGCUAGCAAUCUGACACACACACACACACAACGCAUGAUAUAAAUACACACACCUGCAUACACACACAGCCAUGCACAGACUCAUGUAAAUACAUGCACAUUUUUGGAGGUGUAGUAGCCGUUUAACAGAUAUAGAUUCACAGAGUAAAGCCUCAGUUCUCGUCAUCAUCAUUAGGUUGGUUUCAACAUUUGUGUUGAAAUGAUUGCAAUGUACAUUAUUGUCAUGAUUAUUGUUGUUAAUGAUUAUUCUAUUUAAAAAGAAACAAAAACAAGAACGUGUUCUGUCGAUGGACCUGUUAUACGCGCACAUCGGUGUACGAUGUGGAAACACUGUGAUUAUUGUUGUUUAUUAUUAGCAAAUGUUGUUGGACAACAUUAGUUUUAGGGUGAAAUGUCACAAAUAAAAAAAACAAAAACAAAAGCAUACAGAGAACGGUUUUGGGGUCCUUUCACUUUCAAUUCACUGCUUUCAGCAAAUGGAUUCUUGUCAAAAUGUGAAAAAUUUAAAAUCCCUCUUUUCAAUAAUCCUCUUAACAUCCAGUUACUGAGGACACUAUCCAAACCAGAUGCCUUAUCAACAACUAAUCAACUGCAGUUUCAGUUCAUCUUUAUAACUGAUUGAAUUGAAAGUUGAAACUGACCUCCAAGCCCGAUUACAAAGACAAACCGGGGUGAAUGGCAGGAUAGUUGAUAUUUAGAUAAUAAAGUAAUGCUAGCUAUUUUUUUUCUUAAUACAGUACUUAUAUAUCAGACACUUUAAAUAGCCCUCCUCUAACCUUUCUCCCCUGGUUUUGUUAGAAGAAUGUGAAUGUAUAAACCAAUGGUGUCCAUUUUAAUGUACUUGAAAAAAAGGUCUGUCUUUUAUUUUUGCUUUUUUUUUGCUUCCCCCUGACCCCCGACCCCUAGAGCCUCUGGUGAAUACUGGAGGUGGUUACUAGUGCCUUGCAUCCUUCCUGUUGCUUGUUCCGUUGUGGGGUUGAGGCCUCGGUCUAAAGUAAGCACACUUAACAGCAUGUGUGGAGAGUUUUUGGGUGCCGCUUUGAAGUCAGUGGUGAUGAUUGGACCUGGUGUUAGUGGAGCAGGCAUUCAGUAGAUUGGCGGAGAUGCGGUAAUAAUGGCUUUCGUUAGCUGCUACUGUGUGCACUACAGCUGGUUUGUGGUUAAUUUUCUUUGAUUUCAACUAAUUGAGAGUGUAUCUUCCUCCAAAAAACAAGACUGUCCCCCCAUUGAUUGAAAAACUGAAAAUCAUAACUAUUAACCAUAUAACUUAGCUCUUUGAAUUGACUGUGUCUACGACCCGGUUACACCACCAACAUGAUAAAAGAUGGAGAGAACAUGAGUUAAUCAGUGCCAUUUUUUCAGGGUUUUAAAUGUAGAUAUUGGGAAGAAAAAAAACGAGAUUAGAAUAUUUUAUAAGUUUCAAGGAGGGAGUUAUUGAAGAUUGUAUUUGAAGCUUGGACCACUCUGUACUUUAGGGGCACUGGCCCUGGUGCAGGAUACAGUUAGCAGAGGACACAUUGGUACAAUGAACUAAAGUUUAUUUUAAUGACAUAUCUCUAGUGUAAUAUAGAUUUAUGUCUUUACCAAAACGCAUGUUGAUGCUGUGGCCUAAGUCUCCUGCCCUGGUUUUGAGCACAAUUGUAUUAUUAUUCAGUGAAUAACGAGUGCAUACAUUUGCCAGAAAGAAACAAUGAUUUGUUUCACUAACUUUAAAAAGGCACAUCUACUGUAAACUUCACAUGGAUUUGCAGUGAAAUUACCACAACACAGUGGAAAAGCCCCAGACUGACUACAGAGCCAUGAUCACAUGCCCAAAUAGAAUAUUUACUAUACAGUUACUAUGCAUUACAGACUUUAAAGACCCUGAAAACUUUUUUCCACAUUACAUAUUCAUGGCUAAAUAAGCAUUUCUUAAGCUUAACACUCUAAAAAUCUACUUUGUCAGGACUCUGUGGGUGUGUUUUGAAUCAGAUUUGAUUGGCAAAGACCAAAAAACACCCACCGUCAUCAGAUUCUGAUUCAAAGUUUGCUAUUUCCUGAUUGAGGCAAGGAAGUAAUUUUUUUCCACCUGAGCCCUGCCCAACAGUAAGAAGAGAACAGAGAAACAGGAAUACAGAAAUCUCUCAUUUAAAAUAACCAAAUCUAUUAAAACUUUGGCAUAAAAUAGUGUUUUCAUGUAGGAACCAAUCACUAAGAAAUUGAUUGAGAAAAUAAGUUUCCAGGGCCUUAAAGUGAAAAGAUACAAAGGUGAACAAUCAUUGUAGGAGCCAUUUUGCACCUUGUUAUGAUCAGUAUUUACGAGGCCAAAAACAGAUUUGGUUGGUAAUGCCUCCUCAUCUGAGAGUUUCUGCUAUUGGGCAAAAAAAAAAACAUGCCUGCAAAAGGUGUGAAUAUUGUCUCAUCCACUCCUUUUCCCACUGUAUGUGUCUGAAGCUGCACCACUGAGGUUUAAUAGGUUUUAAUCACAGAAAUGACUGUAAACCAAAACAUGAAAACAAAUAUUUUAACAUAAGGGCAUCACAGUGCUAGUUGUGUGGUGUUGGUGGUGGUUAUAAUGAUUGUGCUGGUAGUGAUGAUGGAAGUGAUGGUGAUAAUAGAGUUAUGGCGCUAUUAGAUUCAAGGCCUUUGACACCCUGUGCUCCUUUUCUCUUUUCAUUUGUCAGUGCAAAUUACGCAUAUCUGGUACAAACUCUGACAUUCACUUAACAUAUUUUGUGUUGGGUUUUUUUGCUGGGAAUGGGUGUUAAAAAAAGGUUACUUUGUAAAGUUUGUACAAAAAUAGCAUUGCUUUUGCCUGUUCUUGGGAUGUUUUUCCAUUUCUCAUGAAUAAUAAUGCAACAUUUUACUACUAGGCAAGUUUGGUUGAAGCUGUGAAUAAUCAUUGAGCCACUUUGCUUUAGUUCUGGUUAUGAGCAUCCUGUUUAUCAUGAUCUGUCAAACCAACUGCCACCAACUCAGUGCCAUUUGACUCUUUGUCAGUGGAGUGGAAACAUGAGGGGUAAAGAAUUAAAUAAGAAAACUAAGUGUAUUUACCUGCUUUUACUCACUGGAGCUGGUUUGUUUGCCGGGUAACAUCCUGGAUUUUCACUUUGCAAUUGCUCGAGCCUCAAAUAAUUUCCACAGUAGAAGUUUGAUAGUACUUUGCUGUGUCUCUACUAUGUAAUUACUAUGAAAGGAAUGCCUACUGCAAUGCAAUAUUAUUUAAAGUUACAGUAUGCUAUCAAGCUCUGAGGUAGUGUUUGACAGUUACACCCUGCUGGAGGACUCUUAUUUCUAACGCUUCAGAGUUAAACAUCAGUGGGUGCAAUAUUUGUGAAGUUUUUUUGAAUGGAGUUUUACUGUGAAAGGCUCAAGAGUUAUCCAGUGCAAGCACUCUUAUUGUGAAGGUUCCUAAACUAGUAGGGUUCUUUUUCUGGUGACACACACACACACACACACACAGUGUAGCAAUAGUUAUUUUUAAUAGACUAACACAUUAGAUUCAGUUUUCACAGUUUUUGCCUGUUCAGGACUUGCUAACCUUUUAUGCUUUUACUGUAGAAGUGCCCACAUGUUAAAAAAAAAAUGCCUUCAGUGCACAGACACACACACACACAAACACAAACACAGAUUGAUUCAGUGCAUCUCCUUGCCGUUUCAUGUAGCUUGCUCCUGUGGAAUGAUGUCGAGUCUCGAGCACAGCAACAGUUUCUCCUACAGACUGUUACUGAACGUGUUGAUUAUGUUUCUGGUCUCUCUGAUGCUCUCAUGUUUCAUUUUUUAUUUCUCACUUGUUUUUAUCAGCAGUUUUAAUGUCUUUAUAGCGGCACCUAACUUAAUUCAGUGGUUUCAUUUUUCUGUAUCGUGCUUGACAUUGUACAAAGUGGUUGGAUAAAAAAACAAAACACAUGGAUGAAUGAAUGAGAGAAAAAACUAACAAAAUACAUGUAGGGAGUCAUCGGCAGCCUUUAAAGGUAUGUUUUGCACUAAGUAUAGAGUGUUCAAGCUUCAUAUUAAAAAAAACUUUGCGCUUUGCGCUACAAUACAAUGAAAUUUGUUACUUUAUUUGUAAAAACUUAAUAAAUAAAAGUUGUUUAAAUGA